AAGCGAACGUUCUCUGAACAACAGCGAAGCUAACUUAGCUAGCUGCGUUUAUAAACACCAAACCAUUUAUUUCAUCCAGUGGUCGUCCGUACAGGUAGUUUUUGUGACCGGAGCCGCCCGGACCGUGUUGCGGYGCCGCUGACAGGCUGUUUACGGUCAUGUUGGCCGGGAGGGUUGAGUUUGGAGGCUCUUCCUUCCUCCGGUCUCAUCAGGAUGUCAGGGGGACUCGUUAGUUUCGCCUGAGCUCCUCUCGGCGCCUCCGCGUUUUACUGUUGUCGGACUCAGUCACCGCAGAAGAUGGCAACUCAAAGCACUGGAUCGGUCCAAGAGGGGGAUCUGGUACAGACGUUCUGUAAGGACACUCCUGGGUCUCCYGAUGUGUCUGAGUUGGGAAGCCCUCGCUGUGCACCAAAUUUUGACCUCCUGAACAUGGUGGUGUCCUACAAGAGAAUGACUCUGUAUCUAGAACCGGUUGUAGAUGCAGUGGAGGUCAUUCGUUUUUUACUCGGAUGGAAGAUGCCUUUGUGCUCUCUGCUUGUUUGUGUAUUCCUGAAUGUCUUCUUCUGCACAGUUACUGAAGUCGGCUGGUUCACAGUGAGCGUGCUUACGGUAUCAGCUCCGGCUGCCCUGGGCUACCUGCAGGACAGGUGUGGGGGCAGAACUUCUGAAGCUGAGCUCCAGAAGAGGCACUAUCAUGCUGUGCACCGCCGAGACCUGCAGGAUGUGAACCUCACCAAGCAGGAGGCCAUGCUGGAAGUCAAAGACGUGUUGAAGCAGCUAGAUGAAAUGCUGUCCUCUGCUUGUCACUCAGCAGAAGCUUUUUACAGUGUCCUAUACUGGGAUAAUCACACAAAGUCUUCAAG